AUGGUUAUGAUGCCAGACAAAGUCCCCUACUUGCAUAUCGUAUGGGCCCAGCUAGUACAAAAGCAUCCGCCCAGGACACUUGAACUCGUGGGAAGUGUCUUCACGCAGAUCACCGUGUUUUGGUCUCUAUCCCUUGUUUUUCUACUACUGGAUUCGUUCGGUCCAUCCUAUGUCCAGCGGUACAAAAUACAAAGGUCCUCUCGGCAACCCCGUCGAACACUGCUCUGGAAGGCCGCUCUCAUUGCUGCCCUAAAUCAGGCAUUCACGAUACUAUUACAUAUUGGGCAGCUUUUCAUCGUUCGCCCACUGGUCCCUCAGAUCACCGGCUUACGAGUGGAACCCAAGCUGCCAUCGGCGGCUGAGAUCAUGCAUGAUAUUUUGUGGUGUACACUGGGCCGUGAAGCUCUGUUUUACUAUGGUCACCGUGCCUUACAUUGGCCUUGGCUGUACAGACGGUUCCAUAAACAACACCAUCUGUUUACUACUCCUGUAGCGGUCGCUUCGCUUUAUUGUCACCCCGUCGAACAUGUGGUCUCCAAUAUAUUACCCGUUGCUAUCCCUGCACACAUUCUGAGGAUCCAUAUCGUCACAUUCUGGCUAUUCUCUUGCGGAGUCAUCGCCCAAGCCUCCUUGGCACAUUGCGGAUACAGCUUUUUUGACUUGAGCUUCGCUGGUUGGAAGCCAGAGGUUCAUGAUUUGCACCACGAGAAGUUCAACGUCAACUACGGAUUGAUCGGUCUCUUGGAUGCUAUCCAUGGCACGAGAGACACUGGAAGGCGGCCUUUCUGCACGGGGGCUUCGGACAGAAAUGGUCAAGGUCUGUCCAAAGUGCAACAGUAG